AUGGCUUGUGCUAUUGUUAGCAGCUCUAUCUCUUCUCCUCUUAUCCUAUCCUUCCUCCUCUUCUUCUCUUCUUCCAUUCUUUCCUUUCUCUCCCAUGCCGAGGCUCGCUACGAUCCUAGUUAUGGCUCCCCUAUAUCAUCAAUCAUCUCCGAGGAGCUCUUCAACUCUAUAUUUCUCCACAAGGAUGAUAGUGCUUGCCCUGCUAAAGGGUUCUACACCUACUUCUCUUUUGUUCAAGCAACCAAGUGCUUCCCCCGGUUUGGCAACACUGGGGACGGAGCUACCCGAAAGCGCGAGGUUGCUGCAUUUCUCGCUCAAAUCUCCCACGAGACAACAGGAGGGUGGGCAACGGCACCGGAUGGCCCUUAUGCUUGGGGUCUGUGCUUCAAGGAAGAGGUGAGCCCACAGAGCAACUACUGCGACUCCACGAACCAGGAAUGGCCUUGCUAUCCUGGCAAGUCCUACAAGGGAAGAGGACCCAUCCAGCUCUCAUGGAACUACAACUAUGGCCCAGCUGGCCGAGCCUUGGGAUUUGAUGGGCUGAAAAAUCCGGAGAUCGUAGCGAAUAAUUCGGCGAUCGCAUUCAAGACGGCGUUGUGGUUCUGGAUGACGGAACGGAAGCCGAAGCCGUCGUGCCACGACGUGAUGGUGGGCCGGUACCGGCCCACGGCGGCGGACCGGGAGGCGAACCGGACCGCCGGGUUUGGGCUGGUGACGAACAUAAUAAAUGGUGGGCUGGAAUGCGGAAUUCCGGACGACAGCCGGGUCAACGACCGGAUCGGUUACUACAAGAGAUACGCCCAGUUGUUCGACGUGGAUGUGGGGCCCAACUUGGAUUGUGCCAAUCAAAAGCCCUUCUAGCUAGUCAUUGGAAUUUUUGGUCCUUUUGUCUUUGAUUCUUCGAUAAAUAAUCCUGAAUGGUUUUCAAUGGCCCGAUCAGCCAAAAGAAAAAAAAGGCCAAAAGCCAAUAUAUAUGAUCAAUAAUUUUAAAGAAAUAAUAAAUCUUAGGUGAUGUGAGUUA